CGGGUUGCGAGCAGAGGCUUCGCGCAGCUCUGCGCCAGGUGCAGGGGAUCCGCACCGUGAACUCGCCGAGCGCGCAGUUUUCACUGGCGACAGGGUUCCCACCCCGGGACUCUCUUGUGGAGCGGAGCCCGACAAAUGGGCGCGUGAAGGAGAGCAGGGGAAAUGGACUGCUAUUUGCGCCGCCUCAAACAGGAGCUGAUGUCCAUGAAGGAGGUGGGUGAUGGCUUACAGGAUCAGAUGAACUGCAUGAUGGGUGCACUACAAGAACUGAAGCUUCUACAGGUGCAGACAGCUUUGGAACAACUGGAGAUCUCUGGAGGAGGGCCUGUGCCAGGCUUCCCUGAAAGUCCUGGGAUACAGCCAGAGCACCCUCGAGGGGAGAGCAGCAGAGGUCCUGCUGGGCCCGUGGCCUAUUCCCCUGCCAGUCAACCUUCUCUUGGCACCAGCAGGUUUCCAUCCCAUGGGGAUGUCUGUGAGAGGGAGUUAGUCCCCCUGCCCAGGACACAGUUGCCGAACCACAGCUGUGUCCACCAGGGGCCAGAGCAGGUAGAACCGGAUGACUGGACUUCCACACUGAUGUCCCGGGGCCGGAAUCGACAGCCUCUGGUGUUAGGAGACAACGUUUUUGCGGACCUAGUGGGAAACUGGCUUGACUUGCCGGAAGUGGAGAAGGGUGGGGAGAAGGGUGAGACUGGGGGAGUGGGCAAGCCCAAACGGGAGAAAGGCCAGCCUCGGGAGUUGGGCCGCAGGUUCGCCCUCACAGCGAACAUCUUUAGGAAGUUCUUGCGUAGCGUGCGGCCUGACCGUGACCGGCUGCUGAAGGAGAAACCAGGCUGGGUGACACCUGCAGUCUCUGAGCCCCGAGUGGGACGCUCCCAGAAGGUCAAGAAGCGGGGCCAUUCUAAGGGUUCUGGACACUUCCCCUUCCCAGGCACGGGGGAGCACAGACGAGGGGAAAACUCCUCCACAAGCUGCCCUAAGGCUCUGGAACCUUCACCCUCUGGCUUUGAUAUUAACACAGCUGUUUGGGUAUGAAUCCUAGAGACAGGAAGUUGACUGACCUGAAAGGGCCAGCCCCCCGCCCCCACCAUUUCUGGGCCCCUGGGGAGGGGGGGGGGAGGCAAUAUAGCUUUCAAAAGCUCAACUCCAAGUUCAUUUUCCCCAGAAAGGAGGGAGAAGCCAGAGUCGCCAGAGCAGAGCUGAAGGGAAUGUGGUUGGGAGAGGCUGUCUCAGGGGCUGGUUAGGGGGAGAGGUUAAGAGUCAGAGAGAGAGAGAGUGUGUGUCUUGCUCACUUUGGGUCUGGAGGUGACCCUACGGGAGAGCAGAAGGAAACCAGGACAUCCCUCUGACAUUUGUCCAGUGCCCCCAAAGACCUCAGUUGAACAUUCUGGAUGGAAAAGGGCACUGGAGCCUCAGGUUCCCCCAGAGAGGCCACCAAGAAAGACCCAUCUCUGAUGCGCCAACCUUUUAACACAUCCCUGGCACAAGACUGAACCCAGCCCCCCUGGGAGUCAGAGCAGUAGGGAAGCAAAACACAUCCCUGUUUAUAGUUGCCUUUGAGGUUUCAGCCCAGACCUGGCCUCCGAGAGAGGAGCUGAAUGAGCACAGUGUGGAAGGAGCAGCUGGGGAAGCCCCCACAUUCCUCUGUCUACCCAAAUGCACAGGGCAGGGGAAGGACUCCAUGUGGCAUGGUACACAUUUGAAAGCUUUUUCAUAAACAUGAUCUCAUUUGUAAGUGUGCACCCAAUGGGCAUUAUCCCAUUUUGCAUGCGAGGAAAGACGCCCAGAUAUGCUCCCUGUCCAGGAACCCCACCCACAGCAUGAGGUGGAACAGUCCAGACCUGACUGCAGAGGAGAAGCUAAGCCCUGGAGUUCCCUACCCUCCUCCCCAACGGUCCUUAGAGCCCCCACUCCAACUCCCUGUCUUCUGCAUUUAACUCCCAUUCGGGACAGAUAAAUGUGUAAAUUCACCAGUGAGGAGAAGAGGAGCCCAAAAGAAAUACUCUUAAAAUUCCUAGCUCCCUGCAGCAGCCUCUUCCAUACCAGAUGCUAUUGGCCUCAGAUUUUCCCCUCACCCAGAUUUGGCAGGGUGGGGGGAAGGGCCUGCUUUUCUAAAGUUGUUUUUCACUUUGUCACACUGGGUAGAGUGCUAUGGCAUCAUAGCUCACAGCAGCCUCAGACUCUUGGACUCAAGCAAUCCUCUUGCCUCAGCUUCCCAAGUAGCUAGGACUACAGAGGAGAAGUGCCACAGUGACGGGCUAUUUUUAGAGACCGGGGGGUUGUCUCACUCUUGCUCAGGCUGGUCUCAAACUUCUGAACUCAAGCAAUCCACCUGCCUUGGCCUCCCAGAGUGCUAGGAUUACCAGGCCCAGCCAUUUCUAAAGCUGUUCUGAGCAAGGGGCUGGGGAGAGACGCCAGCAGAUUUGGGGCUUACUUCUGUGCAAGCCACUGUCCUCUGCACCUCAGCAGAGAAGGCCCACGUGCUGGGAAAGGAGGGUGGGUCCUGGCCAGGCCUGUCAAAGAGGGCACGCCCUCUCCCCUCUCUGCCCUCCAGGCUCAUCACCCCUCAGCCUGAUUGGGUGUGACAGCUGCAAUUAGAGGCAAGACGCCUUCCUGCCCUUGGAACGUUAAUAUCAAAUUAGAGAAGCAAAAUAACAAAGAAGGCUCUUCUGCCUGCUUCCUGGACAGCCAGCUGCGGAGAUGUAGGGAGUGGGUUUAGAGCUCAGAGUUGAAGAUGAGGGGUUAGGGUCAUCCUCCGAUCCCCACACAGUCAAGUGGUAGGUGUUUAGUUUUUGGUGGGGGAAAAAACUACAGAAGGAAGGGAAAAUGCUCAUGGUUCUUGUUGUUGUUUUGCACACUUGUUAUUUGCCAGGUAGUGUGCACACCUCUUUGUAAUUUAGAAUGACUCCUGAAGGCACUGUUCUCCAGACACUUCAGUGGAAUUUCUUAAGGGUCAUAGAUUUGAACCUAAGGGUUUAUCUGGCUCUCAGACCUGUCCUUUCCUCUAUAUCUGGACUUUGCUAACUGAGCUAGCUCUUUCUAGAGGAGCCAGUCCUUACCAAUCCUUUGUCCCCAGAGAACUCUGACAUUUCAGUCCUGGGUAAUGUUUGUUGGCUGUGGCUGCCUUUGAUUCUGUGUGUGUAUGUGUGUGUCUGUGGACCAUGAAGAUUCCACCUCUGAGUCACUGAUUUGUGAGAGGAGGGAACUGUGGGCUGCUGGGUGAUGGAGAAGCCAUCCAGCAAAUUAUUCAAGAUGACGCCAGCUCCAAGUCUGGAAUAAUUCUAUAGGAAACCAAGCCAAGAAGCCAUUCAUCUGCAACUCAUCUGUUUUGUGAACCGGUCAUAGCAGUUCAGAUCAAUGGAAAAAAACUGUAUGAAUACCACCCAAUGCCAGGUAUUCUGAUAGGAAUUAAGGAACAGAGCAAUGAAAAGGACCCAGUUCCUGACCUCAAGGGGAUCCAGGAAAAUAAAGGAGACUUCUGUUAACCAGAAGAGAUUCAAGGGACUGAAAAUUUAUUUUAACGUGGGCCAGAAAAAAGCAAUUAGGAAGUGACACUUGGUGCCAGUGUACUUCACAGGUGCCAGGCGUCUUCUCUUUUGUGUUCCUAUUUCCUUCCCAUUGCACCCUGAAAGCGGUUGCUUUUACUCUUACUUUACAUGGAAAUUCUCAGAGAAGUUAAGCUGCUUGUCCAAGGCCACACAAUGGCAGAGCUCACACAGUUCUGACUUCCGGUCUCGUGCUUUUUAUACUACCCCACGAAUUGUCCAUAUCCAUUCCAGAGCCAAAUCUAGAGAGACAACAAAACCCCCAUCCUCCCAUAUUAUCCAUGUCCCUGCACGGACAAUCAAAGGCCUGCGACUGUGGCUGUCUGUGACUGAUGUAGGAAUUCUGCCUGCCUUGACAGGGCACUACGUCAUGCUUUGCUAAUGAAAGGUUAUGGCAAUUCAUUUCCCCUCCCACCAAAUUUUUACUUUCCCCCCCUCUGGUCUCAGUGGGAAUGCCUAUGGGUAGGAGAUGGUGGAAGUAAGCAGAGAGAAACUGACAGCUUCAUUCUGCCUCUGGGACUCAUUUUACGGUUAAUUAGGACAUGCAAAUAAGCUGCAAGCUCAUUUAAUACAACCCAACCCCGCCACAUGCAGCCCCACACCACAUCUGGCCCACUUCCCUGGAAGGUACAGGGGGCCCCUGACUGGCCCAGGCAUCUGCCGAGGGCUCCAGCUGCUUCUCCCAGGCCUUGUGGCCUGAGUGUGUCUGUAGAUGUUCUCCCAUAAUAGCAGGAACCAGACAAGAAUCCUUGCUGGGCACAGCUGACAGGGCCUGCAUGGUCUCCCUCCUUCCUCUUCCCAGCCUUUGAGACCUGGAUCUCUCUCCCCCUCCCUCAGGCACCUCAGCGCACUAAGGUGAUUUCUGAAACUAAAUUCGCCCUGAGGAAUAGAAAUCCAGUUCUGCCUCCCCCCCCCCCACCGAGCCUCCCCCCAGGCCCUUGUGAGGGAUGUUUCCUCCAUCUUUCCUAAUUCACACCACCCUUUCCUACCUGGCAUGGACAAAAGCAGGAGCACAUAGCCUGUCUCUUUGGGGAGCCGGGGGCUGGCCUACCUCUCCAGAGCAACUGCCAAUCCAUAUCAGGUGACUCCCUGAGCAGAGUUAAGGCACUUCCGUCACUGUGUACGCUUCAGCACACUGCUUGACCUGUCUGAGCCUCACUUUUCUCAUCCGUGAAUUGGGGGUAAUGUGGGGCUGCUGUGAGAGUUAAAGGGCAUCAGGUGCCUAGGGGUCAAGUGCACUGCCUGGAACACAGCAGAAGCUCAACAGAUAUGGACUGCCAUCCCAUUUCAGGAUCUAACCAUGUGA